AUGAUGGCUCGUAAAAUGAAAGAUACUGAUAGUGAAGAAGAAAUUCGUGAAGCAUUCCGUGUAUUUGACAAAGAUGGAAAUGGAUUUAUUUCAGCAGCUGAACUACGUCAUGUGAUGACAAAUUUAGGUGAAAAAUUGACGGAUGAAGAAGUUGAUGAGAUGAUACGUGAAGCAGAUAUUGAUGGAGAUGGUCAAGUUAAUUAUGAAGAAUUCGUUACAAUGAUGACAUCAAAAUAA